UCAAAAGAUAUUCAUUCAUCCUCAGAAAUCUUAGGAAAGACUAGUAUUUCUCUACUCUCAAGGCUCAUCAGCAUGACGAAUGCUGAGUAUAUUAUGUGAAACCAAAUGGUGCUGUUGAUGUUCAGAAGUGCUAUAAAUUCCACAAGUCUUUGUGGGGCAUGUCUCACUAAAAUUCAAACUUAAUCAUCCUCAUGAUUGUGGAGAUGAGAGUGCACAUGGACUGUCCUGGAUGUGAGAGCAAGAUUAAAAAAGCUCUUCAAAAAUUAGAUGGAGUAGAUGAUAUUGACAUAGACAUGAACAUGCAAAAAGUGAGAGUCACUGGUUGGGCAGAUCAAAACAAGGUACUAAAAACAGUGAGAAAGACAGGAAGAAAUGCUGAGUUAUGGCCAUUCCCAUACAACCCAGAAUACCACAGCUUCACCCAUUAUAAUAAUAAUAAUAAUAAUAAUAAUAAUAAUAAUAAAAUUAAUAAUUACCACCAUGAUGAUCAUCAGCAGAUUCAGUACCAUCAUCAGAGCCGUCGAAAAGCAAAGUACUAUCAUCAGAGCCGUCCAACAGCAACGUACUACAUGUCUCAGCCUUCCUCUUCUUCGUACAACUAUCGGGUUCAUGGAUACAACGGUCAUGACCAUGGUUACUAUCCUCAACCUCUUUAUUCGACAAUACUUGAUGAGAAAACCAGUUCUAUGUUCAGUGAUGACAAUACCAAUGGUUGUUCUAUAAUGUGAUGAUGAUUUAUAAGUAGACAUCAGUGUGUGUGCGCGCGCGCACUUGUGUUGAUCUAUUCAAUAAUAUGUAAUCUGUUUGUAAGAAUGAGUGAAUUGUAUGUGCCUCUUUAGGCAUUUUUGUGAAUUAUAAAUCUUUGGUCUUUCUAA